AUGAAUGAAGUAUCGUUGCAGAUAAUAACUGGCGACGAGACCGGAUUGAUCAAGAUCUCAGCCCCGGAGGAGAGCGCAGUGAUAGCAAAAUUUGGGGAACAGAAGCGAGAGCAUGCAGCUGAGUGCAUGUGCUGGUCGAGAGAUGCCAGCGAGCUCAGCUUCUUCGUGGGGAGAGCUGAUGGCGUUGUCAAGCUUUGGGACGCGCAGGCGUCUGUUGAGCUGGCAAAUUUCGAACUUGGGCGAGAGGCGUGUACGAAGCCGAGGAGCGUCUUCAUGCUGCGUGAGAGCGAUUCAACCAAGUUGGUCACCGUGAAUGAAGAAGGAAAGGUGCUGCUGCAGAGUUUGGACCAGACCCUUCGGGUGACUGCUCUGAGCAUCAAGGGUCCUAUCGCCUAUGGCGGACAGGAGAACGAGUUGCAAGUUUACGAUCUGCAGACACAGACGGUGUCAUGGAAGGCUAAGAAUGUUCCUGAGAACAAACUUCGACUGAGGUUGCCUGUUUGGGUGACAGACCUCCAGUAUCUUUCCUCCGAAGAUGAGAACAAGCUUGUGAUCUGUACAGCCUACGGGCAGAUCCGACUUUAUGACAUUCGAGCGCAACGUCGACCAGUCAUAAACGCUUCUUGCUCCCCGGAACCCGACCAGGUCAGGUUGAACGCGGGAACUCGUUUCACGUGCAUGGCGUUGUCGCCGGAUGAAUCUUACGUUGUUGCCGGGGAUGCCCUUGGAGGACUGAGAAAGAUCGAUCUCAAGCAAGGAAAAGUCUGCGGCAAAUUCAAGCACAUAGCUGGAUCCGUCAGAGCUGUUGAUUUCCAUCCCUCCCUUCCUCUCGUAGCUGCUGCAAGUCUCGACAGAUUCGUGAGAGUUUACGACGCAAACACCACGAUGAUGACAUCGCGAAUCUACGCCAAGCAGAGAUUGAACUGUUUGCUAUUCGCGGGAGAAGGCGAAACAAAGCCGAAGAAGGAGGAAGAAAGUGAUGAGGACGACUGGCUCGGAGUGGAAGAGGCGAAGGAAGAGAAGAAGCAAAAGAAAGAAGAAGACGGAGACCAGGCGAAAGCAGACAAGCAAGAUCUAAUCCGCCGAAAAGCAACAUACGUGAAGAAGAGAAAAUUGCCGCCAACUAAGUCGUCCAAGACCAAGAAAAAACGAUAA